UUGCAAAUAAGCCGACUCAAGAGUGCGCAACUAGUAUCCAAUAUAUCAGCAAGCCGUUCACGUAACGCCGAAGUGUUAGACUACAAUUUUCCAGGUCACGACUAACGCGUAUCGAGUUUGACGACCCAAACCCUUGUCAGUGUUGGUGAUAAAGCCAAUCAUUUGUGUUUUGCCGUCCCAUGCAAACCAGAUAUCUGAACUAUAUCGACUCCUUUCUACUGAAAUUAGAAUAUCGGGGCCUGUUAUUCACCUGAAAUCGUCCAAGGGAAGAAAUAUUUAUUCCUCUAUAAAUACCCGCAGCACGGUGGAGACGUGAUAGUCAUAUUUUGCUCUCUAGUACGUGCGAGGCGUGAUUUGGCUAACUUGGGCUUUAUUUUGGCCACGCCAUGUCCAAAUCGCCAUCAUCAGAGGUGAUGAAUAUCACGAACAUGUUGGACAAGAAAAACGCGGCGGCGGCAGCAGCGGCGGCAGCAGCAGCAGCAGCAGCCUCAGGCCCCUCGGAACAUCAACUUCUUCCCCAUCCACAGUUGACUCCGGUCGGGAUGGAUCGUGCAAACUCGCCGCACGGAUCCGAGAGCUCCUACCACUCUGGACCCCGCCCCGGCCAACAAUUAGAUGCAUUGAAUGGGAUGGGUAACGGUCGGCCCUACGGCUCCCCCACUGCCAUGCAUGCUACGAUGGCCCUAUCCGACCCUAGUAUGCCUCACACGAUGAUGAUUCCUGGGAUGCCACACCUAUCCCACCCACUCUCGAUGCCUUACAACAAGCCUCCCGAGCAACCCCAACAACCCCAACCUCAACAUAAAGCGUAUCCCUGCAGCACGUGUCAAAAGGCCUUUGCAAGACGUAGUGAUUUAGCCAGGCAUGAGCGUAUCCACAGCGGUAUUCGUCCUCAUGUCUGCGACUUUCAGGGGUGCGGAAAGCAGUUUAUCCAACGGUCAGCUCUUACAGUGCACCAGCGAGUGCACACUGGCGAGAAACCCCACAUGUGUGAAAGAUGCGGCAAGCCAUUUAGUGAUAGCAGCUCAUUAGCACGACAUAGGCGUAUCCAUUCGGGUAAACGACCGUAUAAGUGUCCUUAUGCCAACUGUCAAAAGACGUUCACUCGGAGGACAACCCUGACUCGCCACCAAAAUUCUCAUUCUGGUACAGUUGAGGAAGCAGCAGCAGCUACAGCCAAUGCUCUAGCAGCUCAGGCUAGCAGAACCGCGGCCCGCGUGGCGCGUAGUGAAGGCGACCCUGGGUCUAACCAUGGUUCACCACUAAACUCUCCUUCUCCAGGCCAAAGACAUAUGUCUAUGUCGCCUAGUGCUGAGCUUGCUGCUGCUAAUGCGAUGCGCAAUAGCGACUAUGCGUACGUGGGUAAUGGUUCGCUCCCGGUGCACAUCCGUACCGAUAUGCAGUCACAGAGUCCUACUUCGGCUCCGGGCUACCCUGCAGGCAUGCGACCUACCUCUCACCCGACAGUAUAUCCGCCACCUCCUACGCUGGAGCCGAGUGUGGAAUCACAUCAGUCAGGUACUGGUAGCACGGCUGGAAGUCCGCAUAUGGGUAGUGUAGGAUGGCAAUCGCCCUCUCAUAUGGCUUCACCCACGCAUAGCAACAGUGGCAAUAGCUACGUGUAUCCGGAUCCAGAUCAGCCGUUCCUAAGUAGUAACAACCUGGGUCAGAUGUACUACAACUCAAGCGCGCAAAUCAGACGAGCAACAAGCACAGAGCCAGGCUCAGCAGGAUAUGACGUCAAACCACGUCCUAACGAGCUAUGGGCUAGUCAGUAGGAUGGCUUCCAACGCGGUGUGGGAUGGCACUACGACGGGGCCAUAUUCCCCCCUUACGAUGAUCUUGCAUAGAUCUCCUUUGUUUCUUGCAUCUUCCCUUUGUGUUAUGGAAGGCUCAAUACCCAAUGGUACGGCAGGUCUGAUUGUUUGCCACAUGCGUUUGUCUUUUCUAGGGUCUUGUUUUCAGGCUUCAGAUCAGGAAUCCCACUGCGAGGCAGUCUUGACUUAGCUCAGCUUAGAGGCGCAGGUCUUCACAUUAGU